UGGCUGGUGGGACCGGGACGCUCCGAGCUGGGCGCCAGCACUUGUUGCCAGGCGGAGGUGAAGCAGCUCGAGCUGGCUGGCCAAUCGGCGCCGGACGACGGCUUCCUGACCGGCUAUUCGCCCAGCGAUGGAGGCCUGUUGCCGGGUCGUCAAGGCCUGCCGUCCAGUGAGUUGGCCGGUCUCUCGAGCCUCCGCAGCGCUCGGUACCAGAUUGCCCGGCCAGACGAAGAGACCAACCCGUACCGGCACACCGACAUCGGAGUCCAUCGAGUACGGACAGACGGCAACCUCGGCGCCGGCGUGUUUUCGCUUCCAGCCUCAGCCUCGGCCUCGGUCUCCAUCGCGACGAAGGGGGCAACUGACCCCUCGACCGGACAAUCCUGGCCGGCUUGGGUCAUGUACGGCGCCGAAAGCAUCGGCCGUUUCGGGGACGUCUCACCGACCCUUCGACGUACUUCCAGUUGGGCCGUCGAGAUGCCCACGCCAGUUGGCCAGCCUCGUCUCCCGUUGCCACCUUCCACGGCCACGGUGCACACCGGACCGCACAAGACUGCAGCAUACAGCACAGAUGGCCAAACAGCACCUAGUGACUCCUGUCCCGGCUUGGCAACCGCACACACACAUGCACAAGGACACACACAAACACACGCAUAUGGACACGGACACGGACACGGAUACGUCCGGAGAAUGGAGCCAAUCAACGGACAGGGGACCCAUUCCGUAAGUGACCUUCUAGACUGGACGGUAGACAUUUUCUUUAUCAGACAAAAUCUUGUUUGA